GAGAAUUUCAAGAUGGCGGAAGAAUCUUCGAAAAAAUCGAGAACGGCAAAUAUUGAAAGAAAGACGAAAGAAACCGAUAUUUCUUUGAUCCUGAACUUAGACGGAGCUGGAGAAAGCGUUGUAAAUACUGGAAUUGGAUUUCUGGAUCAUAUGCUGACCGCUUUGUCAAAACACGGGCGAAUCGAUCUCACUCUUAGCUGCAAAGGUGACCUACAUAUAGACGAUCACCACUCAGUGGAAGACUGCGGUAUUGUUCUCGGGCAAGCGUUUAAAGCAGCUCUUGGGGAUUUAAGGGGUAUAGCGAGGUAUGGCUAUGCUUACGCUCCUCUCGAUGAAUCGCUCUCUCGAGCCGUCGUGGACAUAUCCGGACGACCUUUUGCCGACAUCAAUUUGAACUUGCAAAGGGAGAACAUUGGUAAUCUUUCAUGCGAGAUGCUGUCCCACUUUUUGAGCUCUUUUGCUACUUCAGCAGCCAUUACAUUACACGUAGAUGUACUAAAAGGAAGGAAUGAUCAUCACAGAGCGGAGUCGGCGUUCAAAGCUUUGGCGCUAGCAUUACGGGCUGCCAUCAAGAGAGAAGGAACCGAUAUACCCAGCACUAAAGGAGUACUUUAGUCUUAACUGUGACACUAAUAAAAUAACUUAAUUUAUAUAGGAUAACUUCUACGACAAUCAGUUAUUAUUUAGCUGAAUAUUGAAGUGUUCUCCGUGCUGUCAUUCAUUGCAAUUAGGAAUUACGGUCACUUCGCCCCAUGGUCAUUUCCCCCCAACCAGAAGUCAGUUCACUCCAUACAAAAGUUACUUCGCUCCAUGUAAGAAGUUAGUGAAAUUUGUCGUGAACUUUUAGUUUUGAUGUUGGGGUUGGAAUGAUUUUGAACUUAUGUCAGUUCAGAUGAUUAACUAGUGCAGCUCGCUUACACUUAGUAACACUAAAUGUCAUUUCGUUCGAUUACUUUCCUCCACACGAAUUCUUGUAAUCCCUCAAAAACCCCGUUAUUGCACGGGAAGAAUACUUGAAGUGUCUUGGUUAAUUCUUACCGUUAUCGGCCCAAUAGUUUUUAUUAUUGAAGUUACUGAAGUCUCACCUCCAUUAAAGUUGCACUGGAAAACUAAAAGCAGUUUAAGGCGUUACCUUGCAAGGUCACUAUUCCAAGAGUGAUAGAGAAUCUUUAAAGAUAAGACAAGUCUUUGAAAGGUCGGCGCGUUGUACCGGAAAAAAAAAAGUCUCACCUUGAAUUAACAUAAGUUCACGCAUUACACGUGGGUACGUGUGGCAGGAAAACAAACAUGUCAUCAAGAUCGUAUUUAUAAAUGGGAGGAUUACAACAUCAUUUAGGCAAACAAUCUUUUAAGCAUAUAUAGAGCAUAUAUGCUCUAUAUAGAGAGACUGAGAGACUUGAGGAAAUAGUAAUCUAGCAAAUGCAUCUGUAUACAGUUCCUGACAAAUACGAUCAAAGGGAUAAUUGAAUCUAUAACAUGUACAUUUGCAUUUCUUAGGUAAAUAAUAAAAAUUAUUUGAUUG